AUGAUAGCCUCUAUACCUCUGGUUAUCGCUGCCCUAGCCACUACUGCCUUUGCAGACCUUCACAUUCAGGGUGUCUGUAUCGAUACCCCUGGCUCGGGAGUGGAAGUUUAUAACAGAGUGGCCACCGAAAAGGCCUGUGAGGCUUAUAAGAAACGAAACACCGGUAGUAAUCAAUGGGAUCAAUGCCCCGACUGUGUUUUGAAGAGUGAGCGGGACCUCUUGUACUAUUGUGAGUCCCAGGGCCAGCAUAUUGGAGGUGACGAGUUGAACUACUAUUGCAAGCAAAACGGUGCCGGAGAUAGCGUUGCUUGGUAG